UAAACCUUGUUCACAAAAGCUGUUGUCUUUGUUUUUGGGUACGAAACUGGUCACCUGAAUCUUUUAUAUAUCAACAUCAGAAGAAGUUCAUUAAACAGAUUCAUACAUGUCUCCUGUUUCAUUGCCUCCUGGCUUUCGUUUCCAUCCAACAGACGAAGAACUCGUUGCUUAUUAUCUCAAGAGAAAAAUCAAUGGUCGUAGAAUUGAAUUAGAGAUCAUCGCUGAAGUUGAUCUCUACAAAUGUGAGCCUUGGGACUUACCAGGGAAGUCAUUAUUGCCCAGCAAAGACCUGGAGUGGUAUUUCUUCAGUCCUCGUGAUCGCAAGUAUCCCAAUGGAUCAAGGACAAAUCGUGCAACCAAAGCUGGAUAUUGGAAGGCCACGGGAAAAGAUAGAAAAGUGAACUCUGAGACUCGAGCCGUGGGCAUGAAGAAAACCCUAGUUUACUAUCGAGGGAGAGCUCCACAUGGCAUUCGGACUCAUUGGGUCAUGCAUGAAUAUCGUCUUGAUGAGCGAGAAUGUGAAACUGAUUCAGGCUUGCAGGAUGCAUAUGCUCUUUGUCGUGUGUUCAAGAAGAGUACCAUUGCCCCGAAGGUUGGGGAGCAUUAUACUACUACGACUACUAAUCAAGUGAUGAAUGAACAUUCAUCCGGGGACAGUGAUUUAUAUUCAGAGAGACGAUGGGAUGAAUUUGAGGGCUCAGGUUAUCCAAUGUCAUAUGGAAUAUCUUUACCCAGCAAUGCCGAUGGAUCAUCAAUUGAUCUCACUGGGACACAAUUCUUAUCAGAAAAGGCACCUGGCUACACAACUCCAUUUUCAAAUUAUGGAACCACUUCUUACGAUCCUUCCAAGAUUGAUAUAGCAAUAGAGUGUGCAAAGCUGCAGCAUCGGCUCUCAUUGCCUCCUUUGGAAGUGGAAGAUUUCUCUCAAGUUGGCUUCACGGACUACAAAAUGCAGCACUCACACUCAAAACCGUCAAUGGGAGGAAUAAAUGAGGGAAAUAUAGUGCAGGAAAUUCUUUCGGUUUCUCACGUAUCACAGCAAUUCAUGAAUCAAACCAACCUUCACGCCCAUGCUGAUGAUUUUAGUUUUAUAGCUGGAGAAAAUAAUCAAUAUAAUCCAAGUAAUGACAUGGGUUGUGUCAAAUAUAACGAUAAGUCGUGGGAAGAUCUGAGUACAAGAUCAAUAGAAAUCGGAGACUUGGAUAAAGAAAUUAAACGGGAGAAUGUAAGAUGGGUAGGAAUGCCAAACAAAGAUUUGGAGAAGAGUUUAACGGAAGAGCAGAAGAUUGUUCCCAUAGAAAAGAUUUCAAGUUUCGAAAGAAGGGAAGUUUAUGAAUCUGAAGGUGAAACUUGGCGUAAUAGCUGUUUGGGAUUCAAUGGCUCGGUAAUAAAUGAUUUUUCACUUGGGUUCAUCGACGAUGUACACAAUAGAAACAAUCUAGACCAUGAAGACAUUGCGGAUGGAUUUGCAACCUUACCUAGCUUCGAGUUGGUUGAGGAUAUUAAAGUGAACCAUGGAAUGUUUGUUUCAACCCGCCAAGUGGCAGACACAUUCUUCCACCAAAUAGUGCCUUCGCAGACAGUUAAAGUCCAUCUCAACCCACUGAUCGCAAACAAUUCAUCAAUAGAGAAGGUAGACACGCAAUUCAUCAGGCAUGAGAAACCAGGCUCAUUCUUCAAAAAGUUUAUCAAAUUCAUGAAGCUAUGGAAGGAAUUAGCAACUGCAGUUGUCUGUGUGAUGGUGUUUGAUCUCUUAAUUCUUCUUUUUCAUGAGAAAUUGAUGGAUGGCUUGACUGUAAGUGGUUGUGCAAAAAAUGAAGGCUGCUCUAACAAUCUGAAGGCGAUGAAGGGAAAUUCAGCUGGUGAUAAAGAUUUCUUUGUUAAUGUAAGGAGUGGUGGACAUCAUUCUAUUGUAUUUUUUAAGAAGUUAGGGCUUUUUGUUAGCAUUUCAUUGGCUCUAUGUACCGUGUGGGCGACAGUGUAGAUGUUGAUAUCCUUGUUCUACCCCUAACUGUAGUUGAUAAUUUGGGAAAGAAUCAGACAAUCCUUCUCCAAAAUUGGAGGCUGAUCAUCUUUAUUAACACUUUGUAUUGUAUACUAAUACCCA